AUGCAAAUGGAUAACCAGUUGCCUCCCAAAAAAGCUCCAGGUUUCUGUUCCUUUCGCUAUGGAUUGUCUUUCCUUUUGCACUGUUGUAAUGUCACAAGAAUGGCACAAUGUACAUGCCUGAACCUCACAAUGGUAGUCAUGGUGAACAGUACAGAUCCACAUGGUUUGCCCAACACCUCCACAAAGAAGCUCCUGGAUAAUAUAAAGAACCCUGUGUAUAAUUGGGGCCCAGAUAUCCAGGGAAUCAUCUUGAGUUCCACCUUCUAUGGUUUCGUCAUCAUCCAAGUUCCUAUUGGAUACUUCUCUAGAAUAUAUUUUGUAAAGAAAAUAAUUGGCUUUGCAUUAUGCCUUAGCUCUGUGUUAAGCCUGCUCAUCCCACCAGCAGCUGGAAUUGGAGAAGUUUGGCUCAUUGCAUGUCGAACAGUUCAGGCAGUAGCCCAGGGGAUAGUUGGAACAGCCCAAUCUGAAAUAUAUGUCAAAUGGGCUCCUCCCCUGGAAUGAGGUCGACUUACUUCUAUGAGUGCAUCAGGGUUUUUAUUGGGACCCUUUAUUGUCCUGGUUGUGACUGGAGUUAUUUGUGAAUCUCUGGGCUGGCCCAUGGUCUUAUAUAUUUUUGGUGCUUGUGACUGUGCUCUAUGUCUUCUCUGGCUCUUUCUGUUUUACGAUGACCCCAAGGACCACCCAUGCAUAAGCAUCAGUGAAAAGGAAUACAUCACAUCCUCCCUGGUCCAGCAGGUCAGCUCAAGUAGACAAUCUCUGCCUAUCAAGGCUAUGCUUAAAUCACUUCCAGUCUGGGCUAUUUCCAUUGGUAGUUUUACUUUUUUCUGGUCAAAUAACAUCACGACAGUGUACACUCCAAUUUUCAUUGACUCCAUGCUUCAUGUUAAUAUAAAAGAGAUCCCUCAGGAUCCAGAAUCUGCCUGGUUUAAAAUCUUCAUCUUGAAGGCAGCCAUUAAUGUGAUUGGCCUAAUUUUCUACCUUAUAGCUGAAGCAGAAAUUCAGGACUGGGCUAAAGAAAAACACCACACACAUCUCUUAGGUGAGAAAUGA